AGGAAGUGAACGUUUCGCACGGAAGGGGAGGGGCCUGUGUCUGCAGCCAGCGGCUCCAGGAGGCUCGCAAUAACAACAUUACCAGAUUAGCAGGAACUUCUCUUCCCGAGCCUUAUUUGAUUUAAUAACGUAUUCGAGCUUUCUUUUUAUAGAUGGCUAAGAAAGAUCUUUUUCUAAAUGAAAGAGCUGGUGGGGGUGGUAGAUUCGACGCGUUUUAAUAUGCAGUAACAACAGACUCUUUCUUGGCGUGCAGCUCACACCCUAAAAAUCAAAUAGAAACAUCGUGGGGGGUUCCCCCCCAAAGAUUUUUUUUCCUGAGUGAAAGCAAUCUGUAGAUGCUGUGGUUAUCAACAUACGGUUAUAUGCCUGUGUGGGUCUAGGUCUGUUUUGUUACAGACUGCACAAACACACACGCAUCGUUUUUGUUCCCUCGGCACCAGCAGCUUGGCAGGGCAGGCUGGGCUUUAAAAGGAAGAACUUUAUCCCUGUGUUUUGUUUUAACAAAAAAUACUAGUGACGGUAACAGACUAUCAGCUACAGGGAAUUUUUGCUGCGGCGACUGCUGCCGCUGAUCUGCUGUUCUCAUAUUGUGGAGGGACUGGAAAGGCAGGACUCAAGACAGGCUGCAGCUUGUUACAUUAGACUUUGUUUACAUACACAAAUCGUUCUGUUCAGAGCCUGUCUCCUCCUGUGCUUGAGGUUUGCAUGCCUGUGGAAGAAUCCUCCUAGGCUGGAGAGCCCGGGGGUGCACAGAAAGCCAAGGAAAGGGCGGUAAGGACGGAACGAGAUGCAGGACUAGAAAUGAGUUUCAACGGCCAGAGCAGUGCAUUGCUGAGGGCUUGGGGAGCUCGGUGGUGCUGGUUGCAGCGGCAGCUACAGCGGGGUUCUUUGGCGAGUCCCGUUUGGUCUUGCUUGGGUGGUGCUCGGCCCCGACCCAUCGUGGACAUGUCCUACUCCCGCCACUUUCUGGAUUUCCAGGGCUCGUCCAUCCCCACCUCCAUGAAGAAGCUGGUAGUAACUAAGCUGAGCUCAAACUUCCGAGAAGCUGUUAUCCUACGACACGAUGUGCCUGUGCCACUCCCGGGAGACAGUGAUCUGCUCGUCAGAAACAGAUUUGUCGGCAUUAAUGCAUCUGAUAUUAACUACUCAGCUGGCCGGUAUGACACUUCAGUUAAGCCUCCAUUUGAUGUAGGUUUUGAAGGAAUUGGUGAAGUGGUGGCCUUGGGCCUAAGUGCAAGCGCUAGAUACACAGUGGGCCAGCCCGUGGCCUAUAUGAGACCUGGUGCUUUUGCUGAAUAUACUAUUGUACCUGCUAAAGAAGCUAUCCCAGUACCCUCUGUGAAACCUGAGUUUCUUACGCUACUGGUAAGUGGAACUACAGCAUAUAUCAGUCUGAAGGAGCUUGGAGAAUUGUCUGAAGGAAAGACGGUUCUGGUGACAGCAGCAGCUGGAGGAACUGGUCAGUAUGCUGUGCAACUUGCAAAGAAGGCAAAAUGCCAUGUAAUAGGAACAUGCUCCAGUGAUGAAAAAUCUGGCUUUCUGAAAUCCAUUGGCUGUGACCACCCUAUCAACUAUAAAAUUGAAAAUCUUGCUGCUGUCCUUAAGAAGGACUACCCAAAAGGUGUGGAUGUAGUGUAUGAAUCUGUUGGUGGAAAGAUGUUUGACUUGGCUAUCAACUCCUUGGCUACCAAAGGGCGUCUGAUAAUUAUUGGUUUUAUCUCUGGCUACCAAACCCAUACUGGCCUUCAGCCUAGUCAUGUAGAAAUGUUGCCAGCAAAGCUGCUAAGAAAAUCUGCCAGCAUCCGGGGUUUCUUCUUAAACCAUUACUUUUCUGAAUACCAAAUGGCUAUGAAACACUUGAUCAAAAUGUGUGAAAACAGAGAACUGGUUUGUGAGGUAGACCUUGGAGAUAUGUUUCCAGAGGGCAAAUUCACUGGCUUAGAGUCUGUAUUCCAUGCUAUAGAUUAUAUGUACAUGGGGAAAAACAUAGGAAAAAUUGUAGUUGAAUUACCUCACUCUGUCAACAGUAAGCUGUAAAAACAGAACAAUGAAAUAAAUCAAAAGAAGGAAAAUGGGCACUUUAUGCUUUACAGUAACUAAAACAGUGUCAUUUCUUUAAAGUUUCCAAUGAGUAACAUUAAAAAUAAAAUUUAGACAUUAAUAAAAUUUUGAUUUCUUGAA